CCCCUGCCCCUCCCACAACCAGUCCCGGUUGCUGUGGUGACCAAGCCCUGCCUCCCUGCGGCCUCUUCCAGCGGCCCGCAGGUGCGGCGCGGCCCGUUUGCAGCAGCGGCGGCCGUAAAGCGCGGAGUGCGGCCGGGAACGGCGGCGGCUCAUUGGCUUCCGCUCCCUCUUCCCGCUCCUGGAGAGAGGCGCCCCGCCCCCGCCGCGCGACAAUGGAUUCACGCUUCACUCGUGGGAAAUCUGCCAUCCUGGAGCGGUCUCUGACCCGGCCAAAGACAGAGGUCAGCCUGAGCGCGUUCUCUCUGCUCUUCUCCGAGAUAGUCCAGUACUGUCAGAACCGGGUCUACUCCGUCUCUGAGCUCCAGAACAAGCUCUCUGAGCUGGGCCAGCAAGUGGGAGCUCGCAUCCUGGAUGUGCUGGUCAUGCGGGAGAAAAACGGCAAGCGGGAGACCAAGGUCAUCAACAUUCUCCUCUUCAUCAAGGUGACGGUGUGGAAGGCCUUGUUCGGGAAGGAGGCGGACAAGCUGGAGCAGGCCAACGACGAUGACAAGACCUACUACAUCAUCGAGAAAGAGCCACUGAUCAACACGUACAUCUCGGUGCCCAAGGAGAACAGCACACUCAACUGUGCCUCCUUCACAGCUGGCAUCGUGGAAGCCAUCCUCACCUACAGUGGCUUCCCCGCCAAGGUGACGGCCCACUGGCACAAGGGCACCACCCUCAUGAUCAAAUUUGACGAGUCCGUCAUCGCGCGAGACAAAGCCCUGGACGGCCGCUGAGCGCGCUGCUGGGGGGGCCGGCGUGCUGCUCUCGUACAUGUGCACUGUGUAACUAAAAGGACUGUGCUAGGAUGUCCUCAAAGGGGUGCCGUGGCUGGUCUGGUGCAGGCUGUGUGCAGAUCAGAACGAACCUGCAUGAAGCAGAGGGGGCCUCAGCCCAGUUCCAGUGGAACACAUCUCCCCAUCAUAUUAAUUGCCCCUCCCUUCCGCUCCCCCACCCCCUCUUCAAUUCUUGGCUUCUGCCAAGGAUGCCAACUGGCAGCCAAAGAUGCAUCCACACUGCAGCUGGCAGUUGUCAUGCUCAGCUCGGGUAGGGAUACGCAGGCUAGUUCUGAUUGAGCUAACGCACUAAAAAUACCAGUGUAGCGGUGGUGACACAGGCACGUGGCUGGGGCUAGCCACCCUGUACGUACCUAGAAUCUCAGACAGGCUUGUGCUCAGGCAGCUAGCUCGAGCCGCAGCCCCUGCCAGAACAUGAUCCCGUCUGAGAUCCUAGGUUCAUACUCUGGUGGCUAGCCCUUGCUGCUGCUGCUUUUAGUGUGCCAGCUUGAACAGAGCUAGUGUGUGCAUCUCCACCCGAGUGGGGAUUACACCUCCCUGUUGUCUGUAGACAGACUUAGACUCUGAACUCUGCUCUUGCCUAUGAGAUGAUCUCUCCCGCGUGCAGAGCUGAGAUAUGUUGGUGGGGCAGCAUCAGGAGGCUUUUUCCCAUGUGCCCAACCCCCUGCCCCCAGAGCUGAUGGGAGAGCAGUUGCCCCACAGGAGGUGGGUGUGUGACCUGUUUUUCAAGAUUGGAGAAAACUGAAACUUUCCCCAGCUUAAUAAAAUAAAGUCAAGAAGUACUGGUUCCUGGGCUGCAGCAUCUUUACACCUAGGCUGCUGCUUCUGCUCUGGCCUAUUUCAGCAGUUCUGACUUCUGCUUUCUGACUGCUUGUGUGUGUGGGACUCAGCAUGGUUCUUAGUGGGACAGGCACCACGCCCCAGAACCACUCGCUCAGCCAGCUCCAACGAGCUGCCCUGAUUGGCAGUCCUAGCAAAGCCCAACACUGAACACCCCGCUGCCUUCUAGAGCGGAUCCCUCCAAGGCAGGUUUGAGACACAUUGGUGGGGAGGGACGGGGACAGAGUUUGUGUCAAAGCUUCCCCUUCUGCUGCCCAUGAAGCAGGUUCUGAAUGGGUCAGUUAGUCUGAGGGUUAAAAUGGAGCUUUUUGUGGGGCCCAAAUCCAGCUUUUCCUUUCAGAGCAUAGCACGCUCACGCUUUCAAACCACGGCAUGUAUGCUCAGUGCCCGGUGAGGAUGGAAACACAAAACUAGACAUCUUUACCAUGCCAACAGCCAGGCGGUUCCCAGACGAGAUUUAACACGCUUCUUGCCUGAAAGGUGACCUGCCACAGGGUACAUAUUCUCUGUUGCUGCUGGUUUACAGUGUUUGGGGGAGAUCUGAAUGUGGGAGCAGUGGGGGUUUUCUUCAAAAACUUGAUGCUUUGUUUAACCUUCGAAACAGCUGAGAUGUGAUGUCUGGCAGCCUCUGCUCUUGCUGGAGAAGUUGCUGUCCCUAAACAUUCAGCAGGCAAUGAGUUGUGAUACCUUAUUCCACCCCCACAGUGCAAGCUUAAUGAAAGGGACAUGACUGGCUUGAAAACAAAUCUCACUGAAAACUCUGCAUCUGUAACAGUUGCAAGUAACCCCUAAUAUCACUUUGACGGGAAGUAGUUUGCAAAGAAAAGAGAUUCCUCUUUUCAGCUCCUUUCCUUUGUGCAGCAAUUCCAUGCCGUCAGUUUCACGAUUCCUCUGUUGUCAGUUUCUUCCUUGCUGAAAAGAGCAUUAAAAGCAUCAACAGAAAAGCAAGCUUCCGCUCCCCCUCACACAUCUUUUUUUUUAAAAGGAACUUGAGUUAAAAUGGAAAUUUUCAGAAUGUUGUUAUAUAAAGGGAGGUUCUGUCAAAACCUUGAAUUUCAAAAUCCUCACGUUGACAGUGAGCCCCUUUUAACCAGAGAAUCUGAUGCUUUGGAUCUUUACCAAGCUGAUAAUUUUUUCCUAGUUAACAAACUAAAAUUCAGUUUAGUUAAAUGGCCUUUUUUCAUUUCUCUCUGUCAGGUUGUUACCCUCCCCCAUCCCCAUUUCAGGUUCAUCGCUCAUUCCUUUACAUCCCAUGGUUCACAAAGAAAUGAAUUGUUUUGCAUUCUGUGUGUGCUGGUUUUAUUGAUCACUUUUCUAUUGUACAUGCUCUUUGGGGAAUGAGUGCUGUAUAUAAUCUUGGGAAAGCCUAGCAGGACCUGUCUAACUCUACAAAUAAAAUCUGUUUAUACCCA